GUGCGCAGAAAGCAUUGGGCCCGUCAGGCGAGGCAGACUUGCCCGCAGUAUUAGGUUUGGCGGAAGUCUCGAGGGACGGGGCAUUGCAGUGUCAAAUUCUGCGAGGAGUAUGUGGUGAUCGCCGCGCCGAGCUGCGUGGCGAACGGCUGCGUAUUUAUCGUCAAAAACGGGAAUUGCUGAAUGCCGGCAAGGCGGCUGCGGACUUGAAGAAGUCCGUACUUCAAAUGCAGAAGCAUUUCGCUAGAACGGAACUGAAGGCUCAUCGGACAGAGUCACUGGAGAACCGGUCCGCGCGCCCGUCUCCACUAAAAUCGCCAGAAAGGCACGACAACGACAGUCCCGAUUUGAAACAGCAAGCUCCGAGAAUUCCAGCACGUUUUCUUGCAGCUGAAGGACGACCACGCACAGCGCCAGAGAGCAGUAGAUGGAAACUUGCUGUUGCGCGGGCUGUGUCAAAGUCACUCGCAAGUGACAAGUUUGAGGAUCUACAUUCUGAAUGCACGUUAGAGAAAGAUGCAGAUGACAGGGACAAGGAGAAUGAGCUUUACUGGGACAAAGGUACAGCCAAUGAUAAGAGCUCGCCGACUGGGAAAAGCCGCUGGAAAGCAGCUCUGGUAAAGCAGCAAGGACUAGGGCGGAUCGCACAGAACAAGAAAGCUGUGUCGGCGGUAGCACGGCUGACUGCAGACGAAAAGCAGGCUUCUAGCCACGUGAAGAAUUACUCAGAAGACCUCCGAACGAGGUACGAUCGGCGAGUGGCGGCAGACGUGGAACAGAUUCGCGAGCGACACAAAGCGAGGCUUCUACAACAAGGUGCCGAUCGCCUCCGCGCGUUGCGCCUCGAGGUGGAAAAUCGGAUUCUGCAAGAGCAGCUGCCCGAUCCGGCUUACCACGAAGAAAUCGAUUUUUUGAGGGCUGAGCUGGCGUCACGCGAGGCCAAGUUGGGCCAUGCUGAGCGCAGUCUAAGACGCAUUGUCGCAGCAAGCAGCGACCAACUGCGGAAACAAUUAAACGAGGAACAAGCCGGACGCUUUCAAGCACCUGCCGCACGGCCCAGUGAAGAUCUAGCCUUCUCGGCUUCCGCAAGCACAAGUGAAAACGAGACCUGGCACCAACGGAGUCAACAGCAAUCCAAUGUUGGAGACACGGUGAUCGAC